AUGUUAUGAAUUUAGGUUAUGUGUGAUCUGUACUAACAAUUACCAAACUUGUUAAUUCUAAAUAAAAUUGAAGAAAUCAAUUAAUGUAGUAAACCUUUUAUUAUACCAAAGUAAGGAUUUUUGAAGUUAAGGAAUUUGAAAAUGCCUAUUAAAUAUAUUGGUCGCACAACAAGUUUUAAAGGGAAGACGUUAUGGGAAAUCUUAGGAAAUUUAAAACAUUUCGGUGUAGGAAGGAUGGUAAUACGUAAUAAAUUUCAAAGAUAUCCUGAGCCUUGUUUUAUGAGAAUACUCAAAAUUGCUACUCUACCUGCUCCAAAUAAGGAACAAAAACCGCAUGAAGAACGAAAGAUCGUAGCUCUUAUUCAAAAUACUUUCCGUGGAAAAACCUGUGCACCUGAACAAAUAGACGGAUGUACUUAUAAGGCAGAUUUUAUUUUGAUCCCUAAAGACGAGGAGCAAAAAUACAUGCGUUACAGUGAUACGUUGAAACUGAGAAUAGUACCGAGAACAGUGGGAUAUCCACCGCUUCUGAAAGAAAUAUUAAUUCGUCAACAACAAGCAGCAGGAGUGAAAGUCGAAGAAGAUCCACAAUUAGAAGUUUCCUACUGUUGGUCAGGAGUGAAACGAUACAGGUUAGCGGAAGUAGGAGAAGAACCAACUAUUAAAUUUGGAAUGGAUCUUGGAACGCCUAUUAGUCCUAGUCUUUACGCGAACAUCAGAAAAGAGUCGUCGACGUAAAGAUUCAUUACUGAAUUAUGUAUAUAAAGUGUUUUGUCAUAGAUUUAAAUUUAAUAAAUAUGUUAGAUUUAACAAAUGUACCUUUGA